AUGUCUGCAGCCGGCGUCCCGUCAACCCUUGUAAAAUGUCUCUAUAUCUUUCUUGACUUGCCUGCUGUUUCAAAUCCAGAUGCUCUAAAGGAUAGAAUGCAUUUACAGCAUAAAUUCACCCAGCUCUUGCAGCAUGUUUGUCUAUCCUCGGUAGCUGUUGAAGAAAUGACCAGUACUGAUGCCUUACGACACCUUCUCAGUGCAGCGGUGGAUCCCUGUCAGUCUGCAAACGCCUUUUGGCGCAAGAGCAGUUGCACGAUUCUUACCACUCUGGCGCAGAACUGUUUGACACCACACGUAGUCCAGUACAUUCACGAUGCCGGAUGCAUUACCGAUUAUGUGGAGCGUUUGAAGCAAAUACAGCUCCCCAAAGCCGAUUCCAUAGAAGCGUUUAUAUCUCUCUUUCAAAUAUUGUCUGAAUCCUCCUCGACAACUUCGCAACUACUGGAUGACUUCCAUGCUGCCGGUGGUUAUAAUAUAAUCACUGAUUACUUGCUUAAGUACGAAUUGGAGGAGGGUGAGGAAGCACACUUUUUUUGUCAUCGCUUAACCCGCCUCCUGGGUGACCUCAUCUACGUGGGCUCAAAAGAGUUGCGCGCGAAGAAUAGCGCUAUUGUGGAGGUUUUCCAACUGCCCGGUUUCCGACUCAACGUUCCUAAAGCCAAGGGGGAGGUUAUACGAAAUAUUCGGGCGAUUGACACAUUGCAAGUGACUUUUGUGCAGGCGCGCUCCGCGUACCUCUGCAACGAGCUGUUGGAGCGUGUUCGGGACCUGUUUGAGCGCUCGCCGGGGAACUACUUUAUCCUCGACAAGCAUAAUCUCAUCAGCAGCAUCACCGAGGUGAUUGCCACCAAACCCGAUUCAGUUCAGGGAACAUUCUUUGAUGUGUUCGCCUCACUGAUUGAACACCUCUGUUACGUACCGCUGCAGGAGAUCAGUAGUGUUGCACUCUUGCUAAGAAACUGCAAAUAUCCCACCUGUCUACAGUACGCCUUCUCCUGCCUACUUCGUCUGAUCCUCACCUUUCCGACAAUGAAGGAGUUCUAUCGAAAUGUCGGCAUCCUGGAAGUUACUACACAACAUUUAGAGAGAUGCACUGACACGAUGUUUCGCUCCCCGGACGCUACUUCUGGCGUCACCACAUCGACCGUUCGCAAAAUCUCAAUCUAUGACGUAAUAGAUCAGGCCGUGGAGACACCUCUAGUUGACCUUCUGAUCACCAUUUUGCGUUUGCUUACUGCCGCCGUCUACCAGUCUGCACCCGAUAUUCUCGUCGUCUCAAAUCUCAAGGGAGUGCACUGUGUCCUCACCCGUCUUCUGCCUAACCUUUCCCUGCCUCCUAGAGUGGUCAAGCAUGCCCUUGGUCUACUCUAUGAGGUCUUGGUUGUGUCACCGAUGGAGGACCAACUUCUAGGUCUCCUGGACGUCCUUCCCUCGGCUAAUAUUUCUCUUCGAAUCGAGGUGCUGCGACUUCUCUGUAACGUCCUACGCGAUUCGCAUCGGUGCAGAACCAUCUUUCGCAAAUGUAACGGCUCCGUGCGUAUCAUUCAUCAACUGGUCCUUCUCAAUGGAUGCCUGUUACCCGACGACGAGUUAGAGACAGCUUUGGGGGUGGACAGGAAACGUCAACUUACUUUGCUCAUCAAGGGUGUCAUCGCAGUGCUCACUAUUGCCAUGAAGUUUGAACCGGCUAGUGCAAAACACUUUGUUGUUGAGUUGCAAUUUGAGAGCUUGGAACAGGCCCUUCGUCUUCUGGGCUGCUUCAACAAGGAGACGGUUAUAUAUACUGCCCCGACAAGUGCUGGCUCGCCUAACUGCCAAUCCGCAUCGUUCGAUGACUCCACUGUCACCUCAAAUGGUGGUGAUUCAGCGGGCGAAAUCAGCCCCAAUCUUGACAAUUGCCUAUUGGCGACUUUUCGAUUGGCCUUCCUAAAACCAUCAGUUCUGGAACAGGCGACGAAAAUGGAUCAGUUUGCUGACAUUCCAACAGCCCUUCUCGACGUUUGUCUCAUCUUCCGCUACCUCAUUGGCAUGGCGCUGGACGAGUUUGACAGAACUUCCCUGGAUGCAGAUCAAAAUGUGCUUGAUAGUGAGGCAAAGGGAUCCAACGGACGCCUCUUCUCCUCUCCUCCUUCCAUUGUCCAUACCGGAGCCGUUCUUACCAUUCUGAGGCUUAUUCCUGCUAUUGUGCAGAUUCAGGGAUACAAAGCAGCCACUCUGAAUUUGCAGUACUUCAGUCUGGAGCUACUCAACGCUGUGAUCGAGUCGGAACGGAGUCAGCAGCUGCUCUGCGGCGGGGGCAUCACCGAUCCUGGUGUGGGCAGCAUGGGUAUGCCGCGCACCCUCUUGGUACACUUCCGACCCGCACUGGCGUCCUCCCAGCACCCUCUACACGCACCCGUCGCCACUCUCUUCUCCCUCCUUGCUGCUCAAUCGCUCACACCCCGCGACUUUCGCGAUUAUCUGCGUCUCUCCGGUCAGUUUUGUGAGCAUCAGCAAUCACCCAACGGCACCUGUACAAAGGUUCUCACUAACUCUGAAUCAAAGUCCGACAACGAUGGCAUUACAGCAGCUUCAGGAGGCGGUAAAGCCGAGGACCUUCCCCUCCUCAACCUCCCCGCGCUGCCUGCUAUCACUGAUCUCCUCGAGCAGACCGUAUGGCGGCAGCGCAGCGGUGCCAAUCGAUACUCUGCCAUUACCACCGCCAAUACCGCUACUGCCGCAACAACUGCCAAUACCACGUGUCUGCCGGCAUUCGUGGAGUUCAACAUGUCAAUGGAAGGCUUUGGGUGCCUCUUCCUGCCAUCUCUUGCGCCUCAACGCAUUGUUGCACCUGUGAAAUCAUUUGGUGGUGACGCGGGACUAGCUGGAGCAAGUUCAACUUGUGCUGGUGGAGUAGGCAUUGGUGAACGAGCAUUCCCUCCCGCUAACGGCAUCACCUAUUGCUCCUGGAUUUGUGUGGACGACUUUGGAACACCUCCAUUGGACUCCUCUGUGUCGCAUCCAGUGCGUCUGCUGACGGUCUUCAAGGGUGUCCAAGGCACUAAUGAACAGCUCAUAUGCCUCUCAAUCCACCUGGACCCGCAGUCCCGGUCGCUUGUCAUCUCCUCGAAGGAGCAGGGCGGCAACCAGCGUUCAAAGGACAUUGCAUUGGACUCACCCAACUUAACAGGCGACGACGCCCACACCGUUGUAUUCACCACAAGCAGUGUCUCCCUCUGGACCACCAACGUGUGGCGCCAUGUGGCUCUCGUUUUCGCUCGGGCUAAUGUGGUGCGCACCAGCCUCUGCAGCUUCUACCUCGACGGCUCCCUUGUUGGCACGCAAAAGUUCCUGUUGAAACUCCUUAAAUAA